UCCUUGCUCCUUCCCUUUCUAGUAGAAGAGCCCUGAAAGAGGCACUUUGGGCCAGAAAGCCGCUUGCAGGCCAUCAUUUAAAUAUUAACCAAGCUGUCCUUUCGCCCACUCUCCCAGGGCAUUUAAAGAGACUUUAGCACGAGUCGUGGGGCGCUGGCCUACACGCUCAGAAAACCAGGAUCUUGUACAAGGCGGUAUGAAUCCCGGGGUUUCGUGGGGGUGGGGAAAGCACGGAGCUACGGAAGCCUCACGGGCUCGAGGCCAGACUAGACUGCCUUUGUAAGCAACACCGGGAGAGCAGCGCUCUGGGCGGCCAGCCGGGGCGGAGCAGGCUCGGCUUCAAGAGUCCGGCCUGCCGGGAGCCGGGAGCAGUGCGCGGAGGUGGGUCGGUCGCCAGCCCGAGUCCUUGCGGGCUUACGUGCAAGUGCAUGCAUGUGGUCCCAAGAAACACACUCCCACCCUGGCGCGGGAAUGAGGCCCGGAGGGAGGAAGAGAAGUGGAAGGAGUGGAGCGCCGAGGCCGAGAACUAGCAGAGGAAGGAGAGCGGUUGAGGCCCCGGGCGGCUUUGUGGCUCAAGUCCUGCGGCGAAGGGGGUUGUGCGAACCCGGGUUGAAGAAGCCAACAAAGGGACAAGAAUGAGGCCAGGGGAAAGAACGUCCCUUGGUUCGGAAAGCUGAUCGUCCGCAAUGCCUGCACCGACCCUCUCACGUCCUACCUCCUCCUCGACAGGAGCCCCUUCUCUCCCAUCGUUGGAAGUCUGGAGCUCCCAAGGAAGCCGCCUCCAGGAAGGCCGCCUUUCCUUUUCCCUUCCUGAAGAUGAACAUCCCCAGGAAGUGAGAAAGUUGGCACGGUCACCCAGGGCUUCGCAGGACCCCGUCCCUCAGUGACAGAUGGACAAUGCAAGAAUGAGCUCCUUCCUGGAAUACCCCAUCCUCAGCGGUGGCGACUCAGGGACCUGCUCAGCGCGAGCCUACCCUUCCGACCAUGGAAUUACAACUUUCCAGUCGUGCGCGGUCAGUGCUAACAGCUGUGGCGGCGACGACCGCUUCCUAGUGGGCAGGGGGGUGCAGAUCAGCCCGCCCCACCACCACCACCACCACCACCACCACCACCACCCCCAACCGGCCACCUACCAGACUCCCGGGAACCUGGGGGUGUCCUACUCCCAUUCGAGUUGUGGUCCAAGCUACAGCGCGCAGAACUUCGGCGCGCCUUACAGCCCUUACGCGUUAAAUCAGGAAGCAGAAGUAAGUGGUGGGUACCCCUCGUGCGCUCCCGCAGUUUACUCUGGAAAUCUCUCAUCUCCCAUGGUCCAGCAUCACCACCACCACCAGGGUUAUGCCGGGGGCGCGGUGGGCUCGCCUCAGUACAUUCACCACUCAUAUGGACAAGAGCACCAGAGCCUGGCCCUGGCCACGUAUAAUAACUCCUUGUCCCCUCUCCACGCCAGCCACCAAGAAGCCUGUCGCUCCCCUACAUCAGAGACGUCUUCUCCAGCGCAGACCUUUGACUGGAUGAAAGUCAAAAGAAACCCUCCCAAAACAGGGAAAGUUGGAGAGUACGGCUACGUGGGUCAACCCAAUGCAGUGCGCACCAACUUCACCACCAAGCAGCUCACUGAGCUGGAAAAGGAGUUCCACUUCAAUAAGUACCUGACGCGGGCCCGUAGGGUGGAGAUUGCCGCAUCCCUGCAGCUCAAUGAGACCCAGGUGAAGAUCUGGUUCCAGAACCGCCGGAUGAAGCAGAAGAAACGAGAGAAGGAGGGCCUCUUGCCCAUCUCUCCUGCCACCCCGCCAGGAAGUGAGGAGAAGGCUGAGGAAUCUUCAGAGAAGUCCAGCUCUUCGCCCUGCAUUCCUUCUCCGGGAUCUUCUACCUCAGACACUCUGACUACCUCUCACUGAGGCCCACCCAGCCCCAGACUCCGCAGCCCAGGCUACUCAGAGGGCUGGGGACUUCUUACCCAAAGCACAUUCUUAGCUUAUCUUCCUUUCCAUUUACUGUCUCUCUGUUCCUUUCUGAUCCUAUCUGGGAAGCUCCUGGCCAGGGUAAUGUGUUUCCAGAGAACUCUAGAUUAGAGGCUUGAUUGGGUGUGUGUGCUAACUCCUUGGUGCAGAGUAGGUGCCAUAAUUAAUUUUUUGACAGCCCCAACACCCCUCCCUACCUUUAGGAGAUUUCCACAGAAUCCGUUCCUUUCAGAUGUCCUUUGGAGUAUAGUUUCCUUUGCCAGCAGAAACAUGUCAGAAGAAGGCCUUUUACCUGCCUGUAUAUUUACAGUUCUCCCCUACUUUGCCCUUAAAGUAGGAGAGAAAGGAGAGUCCAUGAGCUCAUAAAGAAGAGCUGCACUAUGAGCGUGUUUACACAAUUAAUUCAUCCCUUUAUUUAAUUCAAUUUCAUGUGUGUGUUUGCUGGUUGUAAAUACUUUAUCCUGAGAGAUUUAUCUUUAUACAGAUUUUCUAGAAAUGUUUAGAUUAAGUGACUAAAACAGGGUGGGUAACUCAAAGCUGGUACAAUUUUAUAUGUGAUUAUAGGUUAAAGAAUAAAAUCGCUCACUUAAACUCAGUCAGAUGCCUCAGAGGGUAGCCUGCAUUUGUUCUUUCAGUGAGUUAAGAAGGCCUACAGAACACAAGGUUCAAAAACCUUGCUUCCUGUGCUAAGUCUCUCCCCAUGCCCACCCUUUGUUUCUCUGCCCACACUCUAUUUACAAUUUGUGCUGGAUUAUUCAGAACCUAGAGGUAUUAUUCAAAGCAGCUUCUCCCUUCCACAGUUAUCUUAGCUGGAUAUGAUGUAUUUUCAGCUCAACUGUUAAUGUGAUGGAUGGCACAAUGAAUGUAUAUUUUGUGUGAUUCGUGAAUAGUCUUUUGCAUGUCGCACAAUGUUUUGAUGUCCCUAAAGUCCCACACUGAGUUAUAUCAGUUAUUCUUUGUGAGCCUAUGAUAUUCCCCCUUUCCUGUACAAUCAUGAACAGCUCUGAGAUCCUGGAGUAAUAUGAUCCAGAGCAGAGUUUACGGGUCUUAAGAUGUCUGUAAUAAAUAUAUUCAAGUUUCACA